UGUUGAGAGGUUUAUCUUCAGGAGGAGGGGAGGCAGAAAGAACAGAUCGGAGAUUAGAAAAGAUAAAAAAGAAGAAGAGAAAGAGAAGAAGAAAAGGACGUUCAGAUUUUUGUCAUCUUUUUAAUCAGCUUAUGAAGGACUCACCUGAUGACAGACAGACAGGCUGUUGGAAGGCACAGCAUCUUUGUCGCUGACUGAAAAUCUCAGGUGUUUACCAACACCUGUAACCAUGACAAUGAAAGGAUAACCAGCUGGUAAUCAUGACAACCAUGGAUUAAGAAUGUUGGAGGUGACUUUGAGCUGUGAUCUCCUGAGGGACCUCCUGUCUGUCUGACUGUUGGUCCAUCAUGUCUCACCUCCUCAUCUUCCUCCUCCUCCACCUGUCAGCGUCGGGUAAUUGUCAGAGCAGCAGUCAGUUUGAUGUGUGUCGUUCUCUGCGUGGUUCAGAGGGGGGACCAGGAUGGGAAUUCUACGCCUGUCAGCCUCCACCUGCCAACAUGAAGGAAGUAAUGCAGAUAAGAGUCGACCCACCUGGCAUCACCUGUGGAAACCCACCUGAAAGAUUCUGCACACUGGAGAACCCAUAUCUGUGCAGCGAUGAAUGUGAUGCUUCCAGUCCUGAUCUGUCUCACCCUCCUCAGCUGAUGGGAGACAGGGAGAGGGGAGGGCUCAUUACCUACUGGCAGACAGUCACAUGGUCCAGGUAUCCUGAGCCCUUGUUGGCCAACAUCACUCUGUCAUGGAACAAAAGUUUGGAGGUGGUCGAUGACAUCGUCGUCACCUUUGAGUAUGGCCGACCAACCAGCAUGGUGCUAGAGAAAUCUCUGGACAAAGGUGUAACAUGGCAGCCAUAUCAGUACUACGCCGAUGAUUGUCUAGAGGCCUUCGGUAUGUCUCCUAAACAGGUCUCUGAUUUAGCACCGAGUAACUUAACCCGGGUUAUCUGUACUGAGCAGUACUCUCGCUGGGUGGGUGCAAAGGAAGAGAAGACUGUGGUGUUUGAGGUGCGUGCCCGAUUUGGGGUAUUUGCGGGUCCAAAGUUGAUUAACAUGGACACCCUGUACACCCGGAUGGAGACCAUGAAGGGUCUGAGAGACUUCUUCACCUUCACCAACCUCCGUCUGCGACUCCUUCGCCCAGCACUGGGAGGGACCUAUGUUCAGAGAGACAACCUUUUGAAAUAUUUCUAUGCUAUCUCCAACAUCGAUGUACCUGCCAGGUGUAAGUGUAACCUGCAUGCAUCUCAGUGUGCGUUACGUGAUGCAACACUACAGUGUGAAUGUGACCACAACACAAGUGGACAGGAUUGUCAGCGCUGCAGCCAAGGGCUCAAAUCGGGGAGCUGGAAACCAGGAUCUUACCUGCCUCUGCCCAAAGGCACCGCCAACACCUGUGAAGCAACAGAAACAGCAGCCACGGCUGCGGACUCUAACUCAGCAGCACCUGACAGACCCUCUGCCUCACCAGAUGGAGUGACUGACAUUACUACUACCAAGACUAGUAGUACUGAUCGCUCUACUACUGCAGCUAUUACUGACAGUAUUUUAAGUACUGAAACUAUUACGACUGACAUUACUGUAAGUGAUGUUACUGCCCCUAGUGAAAAUACUACUUAUAUAAUUGACUGUACCUCUUUCGAUAGUAUCACUUCUACUGAUACUGUUGCUAUGACUGGCACUACUACUACCAUUACUGUUGACCUUACUGCUAAUACAGACAAUACCAUGACUAUUUUUAUGGACUCAAUGACUCCUGAUGCAGCUUCUAUAAGCACAGCAAGUCCUCUUACUGUCACAGAUACAGCAAGUACUUCUACUACCACUUACACCUGGAGUGUUAUGACUGUAGAAACAGCUAGCAGCAGUGAUAUUACCACUGUAUUUGAUACUGACAAUGGUCUUGCUAUCAGUACUACUGAAAUGACUGAUACUAGAUCUACAAGUUACUUUAUUAGUACUGGUGAUGCUAGUGGCUUUUCUAAAGCUGGUUUAGAUUCUACUACUACAAGAGCUGGCAUAAGUACUACAGUUUUUACUUCUGUCAGUAGCAUUGGUAGUACUACAGGUUCUGAUGCAUUUCCAGACUUUAGUGAUACAGAAGGACCUACAGCGGACACAGCUCCAUCCAGCAGCUCAGCUCUGGACCCUAGAGACACUCUGUACAAAUCAGCUCCCGCAGUAACAGACACCUCCAUUACCAGCUCUUCUCCCAUCACUACCAACAUCCUCAAUAUCCCAGGCCGCAGUACUGACUCUGAGGUGUCUGUUUCUGACCCAGUGACUCCACCUUCUGACACCACUUCAUCAGACAGCACAGACACAGCCAUUUCUGGGAGUGAUCCUAUCAAUCUCAUCACCAGUGCUACCCUAUCUGCUGAUGGUACUACAGCAUCAACUGGAGCACCAACUACAGCAACCAUCCUAGAAAUAACCCCAACCAGUGAUGGAGCUCCAUCUGGAGACACUCCAUCCACUGGGGCAGCUCUGACCAAUCAGACUGGAGAGUUUUCAUUUACAGCAGGAACUGACACAACCUUUCCUGUACCUCCUCCUGAUGUGCCCCCUCCUGAUGUACCUUGGGAAAUACAACUUCCUCCGGAUAUAUUUCUACCUGAUGAAACUGCAGAAGUACCCCUUCCUGAUGUAUCUCCUCCAGAUGCACCUCUUCCAGAUAUACCGCUUACCGAUGUACCUCUGGAAUCAGCUCGUCGUAAUGAAUCCCCUCCUGAUGUACCUCCCUCUGAUAUAUCUCCUCCAGUUGUACUUCCUCAAGAUGUACCUUCUCCUGAUGCACCUUCUCUAGAUGUAUCUUUUCCUGAUGUACCUCCUCCUGAUGCACUUUUUCCAUAUAUACUUUCUCCUGAUGUACCUCCUCCAGAUGUACCUUCUCCUGAUGUGCCUCCUCGUGAUGUACUUCCUCCAGAUGUACCUUUUCCUGAUGCUCCAUUUCCUGUUGUACCACCUCCAGAUGUUUCUCCAGAAGCACCCUCUAGGACUCCAGACAGUCUGAUAGCUGUACCUUUUCCUGAUGGAGCACCUCCUGAGGUAUCUCCUUUUGAUGCUUCUGUAGAGUCCUUGUUGGCUUCUUCUGAAAAAGGAGAAGGUGAGGCUGUACCAGACACAAGCUCCACCACCUUAAAUCGGUCUAACCCUGCUGGUGAUUUGGCCCCUGUGGACUUCACCUUUCCAUUUCCAGAUGAUUCAAAUUCAGCUGAACCUGGAUUAGAUUCUGGACCAGAUUCUGGACCAGUGCCAGACAGUCCAGAUGGUUUUCCUGAACCUGUUGAUGUUCCUGGAUUAAAUUCAGUGGAUUCUGGCCUGGAUUCUGUCUCAGCAAGGCCAGAUACAGAGGAGACAGGAAAAGAUGGCGUGGAAUUAACUGUACUAGAUUCCUCUGCACCGGACAGUGCAAGUCUUGAUCUUAAUUCUAGACCAGACUCCCCUCAAGUAGUAGAUGAUCCAGGAUUGGAUUCUUUAGGAGGUCAGAUGGAAGGGAAAUCAUCUGUGGAGGAUUCAGCUUCUGGUGAUCCAACAGGGAGGAUAGAAUCAGAUGAAAGAAGAGACUCUAAGCAAGAGAGCCCAAAAGAGCAGAAACAGGAAGAAGCAACCCAGAAGAUUCUGAUUCCAGGAGGACCAAAGUUCAGUCAGCUGUCCAAAAUCGCCUAUGUCACCUUUCAGGACUGUGAGUGCAAUGGUCACUCCAAUCGCUGCAGCUUCAUCGACUUCAUCAACGUGGUCACGUGUGUGAGCUGCAAACACAACACACGAGGACAGAACUGUCAGUAUUGUCGCCUCGGUUACUAUAGAAAUGCCUCAGUGCAGUUGGAUGAUGAGAACAUCUGUGUCGAGUGUGACUGUGAUGUGCAGCGCAGUGUUUCUCCUCACUGCUCUGACUCUGGAGUGUGUCAGUGUAAACCUGGAGCCUCAGGCCGGCGCUGUGACACCUGUCUACCUGGAUACACCUGGAGGGAAGGCGAAGCCCGCUGCACAGCGAACAUAUGUGACGAGGAGCGUUUGAUUUGUCAGAAUGGAGGAACCUGCGUCAACUUCCAGCGCUGCGUCUGUCCAGACAACUUCACAGGUUCAUUCUGUGAGAACACCGUCUGUCUGAAGAAGAAUGGUUGCCUCGACAACAUAGCGGACUCCUCCUCCUCUCUGACCUCACACCUUUACCUCUUGACCCUCAGUCUGAUGUGUGCCUCAUUCUGUUGACCACGCCCACUGUCCAGAGGCCACGCCCCGUUAAGGUUGCAGAAGAACUGUGACAUUUCACAUGACACAAUGAGCUUCUUUUUUUCUCCUUCACAACUAAACAGAAAAGUUUGAUCAUUCUGUCCUGUGAUGAGUUGGUUGUUUGUUCCAGAAUGCGAAGAGGAAUCAGUUAUUGAUCACAGAUCAUACUGAAAUCAGUAGGCUCACAAUGAAAAGUCUGAAUUCAGACAUAAAGUGUCAGUAAAACCACACAUUAACGUUGGAAACAAGAUGACUUUAAAAGUAAAAUAUCUGGAUAGUUUCGAAACUCACACCUUGAAUCAUUUCUAGUUUGUGAAGAAAACCAGUUAGUAACAUAUAAUAACAAAUACGAU